AUGACAGCGAGCUCGAAAAAGAAGAAGGAGAGCAAAAAGAAGGAUUUCCAGGUUGGAAAAGCAAAACCAAAGGCGGCAAAUGCGACAGACACCAGUUUCCGCGCAAAGUCAAUUGCGUUGAAACAACAAGCUCUUUCUACUAGUGCUCCAACUCUAGAGGCGCAAUGUGCCCAUCACCUAGGUCUACUCAAUCACAAGGCUGACUCGCAGCGUAAAGAAUCGCUGGCGUUUUUAACCUCAGCAAUCAUUAGCAAUCCGCCCACAGCUCCAUUACCCCAACCGUCAUCUGUCAUCAUCCCUACGGCUCAGCGCCUUAUUCUCGAUGGCACAAAGAGCGUUCGCCAGCAGUUACUCAAACUUUUGCAGAGUUUACCACCGACGGAUAUUGCCGGUCAUGCAGAUCAGCUGCUCCUUCACACAAGAGCUGCUAUGACGCAUCUAGCAACCGAAAUCCGUCUGUUUGGUCUCGAUAUGCUUGAAUGGUUGCUUCAAGUCGCAGGUGAUGAAGUAGUCAGUUGCGCCGGUGGUUGGGUAAAAAUGUUGAAAUGCUUCCUCAGCCUACUCGGUUGGCAGAGUGAAGCAGCAAGCAAAUGGUCAACAGGGAGGUCAUAUGGGAAAGCUGAUUCGAAAAUGCAAGUGAGGCAAAUGAGCGUGUUGACUUCAUUUCUCCGCACUGGACUCUCACACACACAAUCAGCAACUACCAUUGACAUCAACGCAACCGAUUUUCCACUUUGGCACACCCAGCACCACAUGUUAUCAGAACGGUCCAAUGCCUAUGCACACCUCAAUCUAUUUGGUGCCGCAAGAGACGAAGAAGCAGAAAUGUAUGAAGACCGCGAGGACCGGCAAAGGGUAUUCCACGAACGCGCCGAGGCUGCUAUCGUUGCAGGAUUGGAAGAAGCCAUAAAGGCUGGCGGGGAGUUGGGCCGCGCGGGCGCACAACUUCGAAAGGUUACUAGGGAAGGCAUGGCAGACUUCUACCGCGAAGAAUUGAUGCCUUGA